AUGCUUCUGCUGUUGCCUCUUGUGCAUACCUUGGCCCUGCAUGAUCAGAACAUCGGAGAAGAAGAAGGUAUGUCUGCAGCGUUAGGGUGGAUGCAAUGGAGCUACGGCAAGGAGCAUACGGCUGAAGACGUUGCCUCAAACCACUCGUGGGCCUGGAUCGGGGAACUUUUACAAGCCCAUCAGAUCGUGGUUCUUAGGAGCUUCUUUGCGAUUUCAAGACUGUUAUUGCACUUUGCAUUUCUUGGUACUGGUUGGGUAUGGAAGGGGAACAUCAUUUGA